AUGGAGAUGAUCCAGCACAACUAUGUGACUGUUAGAGGGCUAAAACAUCAUGUUGCAGAGAUUGGAACAGGUCCAGCUGUGGUUUUCCUACAUGGGUUUCCAGAAAUAUGGUAUUCAUGGAGGAAUCAGAUGGUAGCUGUGGCUAAUGCCGGAUUUCGGGCUAUUGCCCCUGAUUUCAGAGGCUAUGGGUUGACUGAAAUUCCUGCUGAGCCUGAAAAGACUACAUUCAAGGACCUUGUGGAUGACCUCCUGGAUUUGUUUGAUUCUUAUCAGCUUCCAAAGGUUUUUCUUGUUGGGAAAGAUUUUGGAGCUCGGGUUGUUUACCAUUUCACACUGCUUCACCAAGACAGAGUUUCAGGGGUUGUCACAAUGGGUUUACCGUUCUUGCCUAUUGGUCCCGAUGCGACCCUGGAUUCUCGUCCAAAAGGCUUCUACGUGAUGAGAUGGAGGGAACCAGCGAGAGCAGAGGCAGACUUUGGCCGAUUUGAUAUCAAGACAGUGGUGAAGAAGAUAUACAUUCUCUUCACAGAAAGUGAGCUACAAGUUGCUAAAGAAGAUCAGGAAGUACUGGAUCUGGUUGAUGAAUCUGCACCAUUGCCUCCAUGGUUUUCUGAAGAAGAUCUGGAUAAUUAUGCCAAACUGUAUGAGAAUUCCGGUUUUCGAACUGCAUUGCAGAUCCCAUACAGGGGCUGGUUGGAAUACGAUGGAGUCGAAAAUCCAAGAGUAGAUGUCCCUUCCUUGCUGAUAAUGGGAGAAAAGGACUAUGCUAUGCAUUUGCCAGGGGUGGGAGAUUUUAUAAAGAGUGGAAUGGUGAAAAAGUAUGUUCCUGAUCUGGAGAUAACUUUCGUCCCAGAAGGAAACCACUUCAUUCAGGAACAACUUCCAGAUAAGGUAUUGGUCCAUUAUGCUGGGUAUUAUCAUCUUUUCGCUCAAGCGUCUGCGAUCAGGGCAGUGGGAAAUAGGGUGUGCAGUGGCAUAGUUGCCAUGUCCUUUCUCUCAGUUUCCCGUGCAAUCACAGUAGCAGGGACCUUCUCCAUAUUCGGUGCAAUAUCAGCGAUAUCUGUUUUGUUUGUAUACGCCAUUGUUCCAGAAACAAAAGGCAAGUCCUUGGAACAGAUUGGGCAAAUGUUUGAGGACGGUUACUACUUGCAAAGUGGAGAAGUGCAACUCUGA